GCGAGAGGCGGCGGCGAUGGGCGCUGCGGGCUGACUGGGAAAGAUGGAGGGAGGGAGAGGAGGAGGAGGAGGAGGAAGGAACCCGGGAGGCCCUGGCCUGCAGAGGAGCGUGUAUUCCCAGUCCCAGCAGCAGUACCACCACUACCCGGCCUCCUCCCAGGGGGGCUGCAUGGAGAUCCAGGAGCUGGCCUCCAAGAGGGUGGACAUCCAGAAGAAGCGCUUCUACCUGGACGUCAAGCAGAGCUCCCGGGGCCGCUUCCUGAAGAUCGCCGAGGUCUGGAUAGGGAGAGGCAGGCAGGACAACGUCAGGAAGAGCAAGCUGACCCUCUCCCUGUCGGUGGCUGCCGAGCUGAAGGACUGCCUGGGGGACUUCAUCGAGCACUACGCCCACCUGGGCCUGAAGGGCGGGCAGGGCGAUGGCAAAGAGCCGCAGCCCCGGCGACGGCGGCCGCAGCAGCAGCAGCAGCACCCGCCGCCUUCGCCCCCGGCCUCGGUGGGCUCGGAAGAGCCCCCUCACAGCGUCCUCAAGACGGAGUACAUCGAGAGGGACAACAGGAAGUACUACCUGGACCUGAAGGAGAACCAGCGGGGCCGCUUCUUGCGAAUCAGGCAAACGGUGAACCGGGGGCCGGGCGUGAUGGGUUAUUUCGGCCACGGCUUGGGGCAGGAGCAGACGAUCGUCCUCCCGGCGCAAGGGAUGAUUGAGUUCAGGGAUGCUCUGGUCCAGCUGAUUGAGGAAUACGGUGAGGGGGAGCUGGAGGAUCGGCGCGGGGGUGGUGACGAGCCCCCGGAGCUCCCCGAGGGCACCUCCUUCCGAGUGGACAACAAGCGUUUCUACUUUGACGUGGGAUCCAACAGGUACGGCGUCUUCCUGAAGGCACCGUCGUUACAGCAGGGCGAUGGAUUGGAGUUAUUCUGCUGCCUCCCCAGGAGCACGUCUCAUAAUGCUGGACACCCAGGGUGGGUACCCAGCCAGGAGAGAUGGAGAACACAGAGCAGAGCCCCUUCCACAGUGGCGAGUUGGUGGUGGUGGUGGUAUCCCCGUGUAGAAGCAGCAGCUGCGGUCACGAGGUCCCCAGGAAUAAAUUUGUCAUGGACACGUUGCUCCCUGGGACACGUUUGCUCUUGGAUGAAGACUCUGUCUUGAUGGUCAAGGAAAAACAGUGGGAGGACUUGCCGAGGUGCUGGAGUCUUGCUUGGUUGGUGGCCCAAAGGUUCACAUCUCCAUGAGGUCAUCUUGCUGUGCAGUCUUGUGUUAGAGCCUCUUCAGGGACGACAGUGGCACAUGGGGGAGCAGAAGCAAGUUGCAUCCCUGCUACUUGGGUUAGUGUCAUCCUGUACAGUGGAUAUUUUUGUGUAGGGGAGGGGGGGGGGAAGAUGCUUCUCAUCCCAGUUUAAGUAACCACACCAAAAGCAGAAAGCCUGCAUCCGGAACACCAUUUGGGUUUACACAUCAUCGGUGCUUUAUUGAAAGCAUCUCUUCUCGUAUAAAUAACGUAAAGGCUGUAUGAUUUUUUCCUUCUCAAAACCAAGAUGAAUGUCAAAGCAGGGAUCUCCAAGUGUCAUUUUUGUGGUUCAGUGGGUUGCAUUAGCCCCAUAGCUGGUGCUUGUUGAGCCAGACGCGGGUUCCCAUCCUUGGAAGCUCCCAGUGUUUAGUUUCAAAGCAGAACAUCCCGGGCAGAGCACCCGCAGAAGGGUCUGAACAUACCAGCUUCUUCAGGCAAAAACCACGCAGCCCUUUCCUGGAGAUUGCCAUUUUGUAAACAAGCUGCUUCUCCAGCAGCACGGCUCGGGCUACAAAAGAUGGAUGAUGAUUUCUUCCCGGAAUCAGUUCUUCCGCUGCGGGAUCUGGUUUUUGUUGCCCUAAUUAGCAUAGAAUAAAAAAUGACCCUGCGUCUUCAGCUGGCGUUGCGCCUCGGGUGCCCGGCAACGUGGGAACCGCGUGCGGCUCGGCGAUAGGCUGUGCCUGGGAACCCCUUUCUUGGCUGCUGAAAAGCAGCUUGUCAUCGUGGCACAACAGAUCCCUGCAGGCUUGGGGGCAGCAAAAAAAACCUCCUCCACCUCCAAAAAUAAAAACACUGCUUCUAGUAAACUUCCAAA